AUAGAAUCCCUGUAGCACGUUAAUCUUUUAUUAACACCGGUUUUCCGUGUUAUAUACGCAAUGUCUGAUUACAGAGGAUCGUCGUUCGAUUUGCCGAGUAACAUUGAAACAAAGGUUGGUGUCCACCAUUUUUUUUUUAGAGAAUCUAGAUUAGUUAAACAUAAAUGAACACGAUUUCCAUAUAAUAAUAUAUAUUAUAAAUUCCUAUCUAGCAUAUUGGUUGUUUUUUUUUCACAGAAGCUGGUAAAAGUGGUCGAAGAUUUAAAACAACUCGGAAAUGAAGAAUUUUCAAAAGAAAAUUAUUUUAUGGCCAUCACAUAUUAUACACAAGCCAUAUCAAUGUGCCCAGAAGCAGAGCAAGCAGUUUUAUCCGUUUUGUUUCAAAAUCGAGCUGCUGCUUAUAGUAAAUUGGUAGGUAAAUAAAAGUAAUUACUUUAGUCAGUUUUAUCAUAGCAAAACUGGAUUUUUUUUCAAAUAUUAAGUGUAACAAUGGUACUUAUUGCUUAUAUUAUAUUUACAGAAUAAUAAAGAAAAUUGCUUGGCUGAUUGUAACAGUGCUCUGGCAUUAGUACCAACAUACAAAAAAGCGUUAUCCCGAAGAGCCAAAGUACUUUCAGAAUUAGGCAACUUUAAACUUGCUUUAGAAGAUAUUAAAGCUGUGCAAAUUUUGGAUAAUUUUAAAAAUGGAAGUGACGAAAAUUUUGCAGAUAGUGUGAAUAAAAGUUUAGGUGAUUGCAAGAAUAAUUGUUAAUUUCUUCAAAAUUUAAAAUUUUAUUAAUACUAUAAUUUAAAAUUAUUUUUCAGCCAAGCAGAAUUUGGAAGAAUACACAAAACACAAUGCUUUCAAUUUACCAUCAAAAAUAUUUAUUGAUAAUUAUAUGAAAACAUUCUCUGACGAUCCAUUUUCUGAUGAAUUUGCACUGACAUUAUUAAAAUCAGACAUAAAGUAAGUAGUAUUUAAUAUAAAUCAUAAUAUGCUUUAAUUAUCAUUAAAAAAUAAAUUAAUAGUUCUUGUUACAUAUGAUAAAUAUAUAAUACAAUGUAUGUAUUAAUUAAUUUAGUACAGGUUUGGAGUAUGCAUUAAAAUGUAUUCAGGACCAAAAGUUCGAAGAAAUCGAAAUAGCAUGUCAAGAAGAAUUAAAGAAAACUGAUAAUAGUUUGAUUCGCAGAAGUUUGGCAUUAAACUUAUUAGCUACUUUUUGUAUACUGCGCGGAAAUUAUGUUGCUGGCAUUGAACAUCUUACUACUGUCAUCGAAAAUCCAAAUGUUCCAAACAAGGUAUAAUAAUGAAGUUCAUAUAUUUAUUGGUAAUUAAAAUAUAUAUUAUAUAUAUAAUAUAAUAUAAUAUAUAUUAUAUAAAUAUAUAUAUAAUAUAUAUUAUAUAAAUAUAUAUAUAUAUAUAAUAUAUAUUAUUAUCUAUACAAAUUAUGACGUUGUGAUUACAACACAAAAAACAUAACAACUUUUAUUGAUAACGUGUAAAAUUGAUAAAAUACUUAAUUUAACCCAUUCAGAAAUUUGAUACCUUAUUUUAAUAUUAGAAUCCAUGGCAUACUAAUUAACAAAUAUACUUCCAUAAAUCAUUAUAUGCUAUUACUUGGUUUUAUUAUUCUCUUCAGUUGAUACAAUAUAGAAAUGUUCAGACUGAGCAAAUUGUCUGAGAAAACAAAAAUAAGAGUGGUACUUUAAAAAAAUAAAUUAAAAUCAGCAGUUAUGUAGAUAUGAUUUUUGUGAAUAAGGGAAUAGGUACAAAAAAAACGUUCACUGUUUUUUUAGAUUUUCUUUUUCUUUUUUUAGUUUUGUUUUCUUAAAUAGUGAGUAGAACAUAUUUAUGUAUAUAUAUAUAUAUAUAUAUAUAUAUAUAUAUUUUUUUUUUGAUGUAGACAUUUAAGGGGAGAAAACUACUUAAAUAAUUAAAUCUAUCUAAUUCAUAGGUAGUUUUUAGCAUAUUUUAAUUUACAAUUAAUAUUAAAGUUUGUCUAUACAUGGUUAAAUAUUGUCAACUUUAUUUUAUUUUUAUUAUUUUAACAAUGUAAUUGGUAUAGUUAAAUUUUUGAUAGCUGAUCAUAAAUUCUUUAAUUAAACGAGCAUCUGGUUAUCACCAAAAAGGAGAAGUUGUCAAAUGUUUUGAGGAUUUCAAACACGCUGAAACUAUUGGUCCCAAUAGUUCUGCAGUAUAUCACCACAGAGCUCAAGUAAUAUAUAUAUAUAGCAUAAGAAAACAUUUUUAGAAAAUCCUACUAUAGUAACAAAAGUCAUUGAUUUUUUUUUAGAUUUGCUUAAACGAAUUGGUCACUGAUAAAGCAGUUGAAGAUUUCAAAAAAGCUGUAGAAUUAAAUCCUAAAUUUGUUUUGUCUAUUGUUCAUUAUUAUUUUGCUCAAUACCGUCAUGCCAGCAAAGUAUCAAAUGAAGUGGAUGUUAAAAAAUUCUUGAACAAAUUGAAAGAAUUUGUGAUGAAUUACCCAGAUAUUGCUGAUAGUUUUAGACUUUACACGCGGGUAGAAAAUUAUAUUAUGAAAUGGUGUAGUUUUUAAAAUUAAAAAUAUGUACAUUUAUGUUUUAAAGGCUCUGAUGGAAACUAAAGCUUAUGAAGAAGCAGAUGUAUUUUUCAAAAAAGGCAUUGAAAUUCAUCCAGACAACGCUACUUUUCCAGUACAAAAAGGUAAUCUUGUUUUUUUUUAGUGUAAAACUCUCAGGUUUAAGGUAGGUAGCGUAGCACUACCUUACCUAUACAACAUGGGAAUAAUAGGGAAUUUUAAAUUUGCUAUGGAAACUCGGGGAAAUAUGAAAAACAAAAGCUGAUACAAAAUCUGGUUAAAAAAGAUUUGGAGCUAAGUAUGGUUAUAAUAAAAUAAUAAAAUAAAAUAAUAAUAUGUUUUAAUAAAAUAAUAUUAAAUCGUAUUAUUUACAAUUUUUUCCAAAAUUUGAUGUUAAAACUGUUAUAAAGAAAAUACUACACAACAAACAUUUUUUUUUUUUUUACCAUUAAGUAGGUAUAAAAUACAAAACAUUUGCCAAAAUUCUACUAAAACGCCUCACCACCCCAUAUGUGGAAUGUGUCUGAGAUUAUCAAUGUGGCUAAAGGGAAAAUGAAAAAUAAAGUAAUUGUCAAUUAUAGGACAGUUCGUGUGAGAAAACAUGAAUAUUAGCAGAAUAUGUGGCACCUGUUUAUUGAUUUUAGAAUAGUGUAUGAAAGCAUUCACAGGAACAGCUUGUACAGAAUAAUGCUUGAGUUUGGUUUCCCUUAAAAGCUAAUACAACUAACUCAACUGUACAUAGAAGACACAUAUGACCAAAUAAAGGCGAACAACACAGUUUCAUUACCCUUCACAGUUGAAUCAGGUUUGAAGCAAUAAAAUGCGCUUCAAAAACCUAUUUAAUAUAGCAUUAGAAAAAGUAGUGAGGGUACUGCAGUGCAAUGAGGAUAUAGUUAUGAUGAUCAACAAUAGAAUAUUAAGGCUACUCGGCUUUUUAGAUGACCUGUACAUUAUAGAAGGCAUUCGAAGAAAUAGUCAAUGCAGCGAGAAUUCUGGAAACAGAGGCGAGUAAGAUUGGGCUACAGAUAAAUUCUGAUAAAACAAAAAUAGUGGAGCUUAUAAAUAGUAGGGUGGAUUCGUGGGAUAGUGGAAGAUUGGCUUACAAAAAGGUAGAUGAUUUCAAGUGUUUAGGUACAACAUUAAACACAAGGAAUGAUUUGUUAAUAGAAAUUGACAAAAGCUGAAGAACGCUAAAAAAAACUUUCUACGCUCUUGCAAAAUUCUUAACAACAAAAUGUUGUCAAGUAGAACAAAAUCUAGGCUAUAUGUAACAUUGUAGAUAUAUUAAGGAUAUAUUAUUAUCGAUUUAAGGUGUGAAAUAGUUAUAUGUUUACAUUCAACCAAUAUGUCUGAAAUAUCUAUUUUUUUAAAGUUUGCUUUCCUUAACAUAUUUUGUUUAGCAGUAAGUAUGGCUCUUUCUGCUGCCCUAUUUGACUGACACAUUAAAAGUUUUAUGCAUCCCAAAAACUUUUAGAUUCACUAGAACUAAAUGGUUGAUUGUCAGAAUAAAUAAUUUUUGGAUAACUAUUAUACUGAAAAUGUUUCAAAAGUAGAAAAUAAUUUCUCUAAUCAUCUUAUUAAAUCUAACUAGUUCUAACAACUUAGAGUAAUGGUAAAAUAGACCCACUCUCCAUAGGUUAAUUUAUCUUUACUUAUAAAUUCAAAGGAUAGUUUAUACACAAGAUGUGGAAUUAACAGCUCUUUUUAUUGGUGUUUAUAAACUGAUCACAUACAUUACAUUUUAAUACAAUUUUCUGUAGUUCAUUAUUUAGCCAAGACCAAUAAACAAUUAUAUACUUCAAUAUCAUAAUGAAGUGUGGGGAUAUCAACUGAGACACAUAAGAUACAAAUUGUCUAAGAAAGUUAAACAUUCCAAUACUUUUUUGCAACUCUAGUUUAUUUUUAGGCCCUUUAAAUUUAUUUAUAGCCUCAAUUUUAUCAGAGAUACUUUCAUUUUAUUUUUAUUAAUAUUAUUCCCACAUAAAUUAUUUCAUUCUGUUUAAAAACAAACUUUUUAAGAUUAAAUUUUGUACCCAAAGACCUAUCUCUUUCAAAUACUAACUUCACUGCUACAUCAUGGGAUUCCUCAUUUUAACAUUUUUUUAUUUUGUUUUUGGAACUCCUCAGGGGUACUCGACAGUCCAAAUAUCCAGAAAUCUUGUAAAUCUCAAGUACUCAAAACGUGUACUAAAAUUACAAAUAUUACUUAAAUCUUUAAUUUGCUAAAAUCCAUUUUCAAGAUCUAAUAAUGAAUAUUAUUCUUUAUUACAAAGACUUGCUCUAAUCUCAUCCAUGGUAGUUAUUAAAUUAUACUCUCUGAUAAUAUAUUUAUUCUAUUCUAAUGGAUGGCAGACAUAUAAAACAUUUCUUGUUAGGUUUCUUAACUAUUACAAUAUUACUGCAUUAUAUACCAGGUCAAUCUACUGGUACUAUCACAUUAUAUCUAAUCAUUUCUUCCAAUGUUUUUUAACUCAGUUUUGAUAGAUUCUGGAACUCAUUUAGGCAGAUUAAUCCAGUCCUCACUAUUUUCUUUAGUUUUAAUUUUUAUGUUUCUGGGAAACUUUCUAAAUCCUUAAAAAGAUCUUUAUGUUUAUCAAUUAUUUGUUUUGCAUCAUCAUCACUUUCAGUACUAUUUAUUUCUAUUUUACAGAUCAAAUUAAAUUGUUUGCAUGUAUCUAUCCAAUAAUAAAAACACAUUUAUCUUGUAAUUCACCAUUUACAAUAAUGAACUGAGGAUAAUGUGUCUGUCCAAAGUAAUACAAUUCAGUUUUACAGUCCUAACUAGUUUUAGAACAUAUCCUCUAUAUUCUUGUGCCUUGUAAUUGAUUUUUUUAAUAAUUUCAUUAUUUUUUACUCUAGGAAAAAGAUUUUUUUAAGAGACAAAAGUCUAUAAUCGAGCCUAUGCCUAACUUAAAUGCAAAAAUAAAAUUAUUAAUUUUUAUAUCUUUAAGCUACAUUUUAUAAUUAUUUUUAUCAUUGAACUGUUGUUCCUGUUCACUUACAAUAAUACUACAAAAUAUAUAUCAAAUGAGUUAUGCUUAAAAUCACUAAUGACAACAUUAUAUGCAUUAUUAUUAUUUAUAUUUAAAUUCAUUAUUGGCUAUUAGUUCUGUACCAAAGUUUGAAAUGAUUUAGUUUUCCACAAUUGAUACAUUUCUUUCCAAAUACAGAAUAGCUCCUUGGACCAUGUUUAUAUCCACACUUUUUACACUCAUAAGGUUCGGUGACUUGUGAACAGUCUUGCCCAUCUGACUACUUAUCCUUUUAUUCUGUCUUCUUUGUAUUCUGUUUCAUUCAGUUACUUUAUUCAUUUUCAUCCAGUGGCGAUGGAGCAGGAACCACAUUUUGUCAAUUCGACUGCGCCAUGUUGUACUAAGUUCUGAAUGACAAUUAUCUUAUUAUUAAUAUUUAAAAAAAAUAACAAUACUACAUAUAAUAAUUUAUUAUAAACAGAUAUUUUAUUUAAGAAUUACUUGAGACUUAUAUUUUAAUUAACACCAACACUGUCUGUUGUACACUCCAACAUUAAUUAUGAUUGUGUGUGUCAAAUAUAUAUGACUAACUUUUAGGUUACAUCUCAAAGUGAUGUUACACUUUAAAAAUUAUUAAAUACUUCAAUUAGUAAGUUUUUACCUAAUAAUAAUUAUGAAAGUAGUCUGACUAAUUAUUAUAUUGUUAACUUUUAUGUGCUUAUGUUAUACAAUUGUUUUGCUAAUAAUGUUUAAAAUUAAUAUAACAUUUAAUGCGAAAAUAAGUAUAAACAACAAGCUUACUUGUUAGCUUACUAGAAAUUAAUUGUAUUUUUUUCAGCAUUGAACUUAUUAUCGUGGAAAAUUAAUAUAUCUGAAGCAUUAAUUCUCAUUGAACAAGCAUUAAACAUUGAUCCUAAAUGUGAUUUUGUGUAUGAAAUACUUGGAACAUUUAACAUAGAAAUGUAAGAUAUUAAAAAGAAAUUUAUGUAAUAUUUUUAAAUGAUUAUUUCAAUACCAUUCUGUUAAGAUGUUUUUGGGUUUUGAAUUGAAAAUAUUUUAAUAAUUUUAUUACAAUUAAAAAAAUCAUUGUUACUAAAUUAUUUGAUUUAUUUUUACUAACCAGAUUUUGAUGACAAUUUGAAAUUACCAUCAUAACUCAAUUUAUUGAGAAUUGUUUUUUUCAAUUUACAUUCAAUUUAGAGAAAUUUGAGAGAUUGUUACACCAAAUUGUUUAGUAAACCAGUAUUAUAAAAUCUGAAUCUGUAUCAUAUAUUGAUAUGAACAAAUCAGCAUCAGAACUAGCAUGGUACUCCGGUUUGGUUUACCAAUUUCCAGAGACAUAUUACCUUAAUAAACUGUGCCUUGUAGUAGAUUCACUUAGACAACAUUUGAUAAUCAAAAAAAAGGUAUUGUGGAAAAAAAUGAUUCAAUAUUAGAUUAUUCUAUGAUUUUUGCAGACAUAAAAUCCAUAAAAUAAAUAUACAUACAUAUUGUGAAUUAGUUUUUUUAAAUACAAAAUGUAUACAUGGAAAAAAAAUGACAACUUAUUAAUUUCUUCCACAAUGCCUUUUUUUUGCUUAUCAAAGCUUAUCCAUUCAAUUAAUAUGUAUAAAUAAUUAUGCAUUAGAUGUUUUUCAUUAGCAUCAUUAAAUUAUUUUUAUAUUUUAUUUGUACUUGUGUGUUUCAGUGGAAAAUUAAAGGAAGCUGUUGAUUUUUUGGAAAAAGCUAUACCUCUAGCUAAAUCAGAAAAAGAAUUGUUACGCAUAUUUUCAUUACGGAAUUCAGCACAGGCCCAAUUAGCAGCAUCUGAACGUUUUACAAUAACAAUUCCCAAAGUUGAUUGA